AUGCGCAUUUGUUCCUGGUCUCUGCGACGGCCAUCAUGUCUCAUGGCCACAGCCACGGCGGCGGGGGCGGCUGUUGCCAUGACGACGACGGCGAGGAGCCCUUGGAGCGCCGAGGCCAGGCCUGGGGCCUUUAUCUGCGGAUCGACCGCGAGCGCCUGGAGUGCCUCAACGAGCGGAGCGAGGGCAGCGGGAAGCUCGUCUUUCGCGCCUGGGAGGAACGCGGGGACCGGGAGAAGUUUGUAGAAAGCGAUGACGACGAAGAGCUCCUGUUUAACAUCCCGUUUACCGGCAAUGUGAAGUUAAAAGGAAUCAUUGUGAUGGGCGAGGAUGAUGACACGCAUCCAUCAGAAAUGAGGCUGUUUAAGAACAUCCCUCACAUGUCCUUCGACAAUACUGCCAGAGAACCAGAUCAGAUGUUUAGCCUGAACCGAGACGUCACAGGAGAACUGGAAUAUCCUACCAAAAUUGCUCGUUUCUCAAAUGUUUAUCAUCUCUCCAUCCAUUUCUCUAAGAACUUUGGUGCCGAGACAACAAAAAUCUUUUAUAUAGGCCUGAGAGGAGAAUGGACAGAACCUCAUCGGCAUGAAGUGACCAUCUGCAACUAUGAGGCGGCAGCAAACCCAGCUGACCACAAAAUUGAUCAGUUUACACCGCAGACGCAUUUCAUUUCCUAACUGCGAAAGCUCAUGCGACGACAGGGACAGCUGGGCAGAUCUGGAAGGAUGUGGAACACUUUGAGGCUAUGAAUGUCAUGGCUUUCUUGCCUUUUUUUUUCCCUUUUGUUUUUCUGGGUGUGUUCUUGAAAAGCAGGGCACCAAAUGCCUGGCAGAUAGGUACAAAAUUACACUGUUGCUAAGGACAAUUAUGGGUUGGGACUUUACAAGUAUCAAAACAAAGAUGCAAUGAAAACACUGACCCUUGCCUGCCUGGUUGUCUUAACUCUUUAAGGUGUAUUUGGGGCAGGUGUUUUCAGAACUGCGUGUUUAGUUGCAACCUUUGCUGCUGGUAUACAUGAGAUAGGAAUCUCUUGGGCAGCUUAAUAUGGGAUUGUUUGCACAGUCCAGGGUUCUGUCCUGGCUUCUGAAUGUAGCUGAUAUCAGGGAAGAGAGAUAAUUGAUGGCCUAAGUGGGCUCUUGGCUAAUAUCCAAGUGUAUUAAUGGAGCUUGCCUAUGGCAGUUACGAUUUGACUGUGUGCCAGAGUGCUGCAUGCCUUUCUGUAAUCAUUACUUCCUAGGUUUCUAUCUGAUAAUUUAACAUCUUCACACGUGUCUAAAAGCUGGAGACCUGUUUAAAAAAAUAGGGGUUUGUCUUUUCUGGGCAAAAUUUCCUUAAUUAAUGUGGCUUAAUAUUUUUCAAUAAAUAUGGCAAAGAAUG